AUUUUAGUGAAUUAUCUGUCAAACUUUCUUGCAAAUAUCAAUAUUCUUUUAUAUCCUUUUUCUAUGUUGAAUAUAUAAUGAAGCGGCUGUGUAUAAUUAAAUAAUAUCAUGUAAUGUUUUGUGUUUACGCCUAAUCACAUACAGAUUACAGUUGAUUGCGUUUUGUGGCGUUUUCUUGCCAACUAGGCGAAGCUACGACAAUUCGACUAUUGAGGGUUUAUGAAGGUUUCCUUUUGUCUUUUAAAGCUUACCAAAGUAAGCUAUUCUGUAAUUACUAUAUACAUGGUACAAAGAUUAAAUAUAAGUAAGUUUUCCGACACAAUGGAGAAAAUAGUCAUUAAAAAAGAACCUGAAGAACUAGUUGAUGAUUACAAAUGUGGUAUUUUGAUGAAUUACGAUAAAACAAAUACCUCUGCUGACCAAGAAAUGCCUUCAACCUCUGGUAUAGCAAUAAAACAAGAAAUGAAAGAAGAAUUGGAUUAUAGUGACAACUCCAUGGUCUAUGAUGAGUCGGGGGUAAAAGAAGAAACCGAAAUGUAUACAGAUGAAGCCGACGAUUUUAAUGAAGCCGAGCAAUAUGAACUGAAAUUUGAGCCUGAAGACAAAAUAUUUUUUGACAAAGGGAUUGACAGAAAAAUUUUAAAUGAAAAAGUACUGGCGAAAGAAGUCCUCCCAAAAGGAAAAGAAAGUAUGGAUGAAAACAGUUUAAAACCAAAAGUCGAGAAAGAAAAGUCGUUUAAGUGUGAAAUAUGUUUUAAGAAAUAUCGAAAAAAAAAAGUUUUAUAUGAACAUAAAAAGUAUGUUCAUAUAAAUGGUGAAGAGGAAAAAUUGAAAUGUGGAAAAUGUAAAUAUGAAACGUUAAGAAAAAGUGAUUUUAAUAAACAUUUAAGAAUUCACGAUAGGAAAUAUUUUUUAAAAUGCCAUCUUUGUGAAUACAUGGCCGCUCGAUUAAUCCAACUAAACUCACACAUCUUAAAUAACCACAAAUCUGAAUAUAAUGAAGAUAAAAAUAAAAUAAAAAUAACAAGUAAAAUACACAAGUGCACUAAUUGUUCGUAUUCAACUGUUUAUAAAGCAACUUAUGAUAAUCAUAUUAAAGCAUGUUUGAAAUUGAAAAAUGCCGCCAAAUCGUUGGCCAAAUGUUACGAAUGUCAUAUUUGCCACUUUAAAACUGUUUAUAAAAGGAGUUUAAAUUGUCAUAUAGAAAAUCAUAAUAAAAUAAAAAUAUUGAAAUGUUUGUUUUGUGAAUAUAAAAGUAAUAGAAAACAAAGUUUGGACAAUCAUAUUUUAACCAAACAUUUGGAUUUGUUAAACGAAUCCAAUAAAAAUGUUAUCACUUCCAAAGUUCAUGCAUGCCAACAUUGUAAUUAUAAAACUUCACUUGUAAGUGAUUUAAAAAGCCAUUUAAAUAAUAAUCAUUAAUUAUUUUUUAUGUAAGUAUCUAUUUGAACCGAAA